CCCACCAGGCGGCCGCUUCUCCUCUCUUGGCGGCGUCCGGGGCGCCAGCCACUGCGCGCGGAGCGAGCCAGAGAGAGGGCGCGAGCGGCGGCGCUGCCUGCAGCCUGCAGCUUCUGGCAAGCCGGGGAACCAGUGCGCGUGCGCGGCGGCGGCCUCCGCGGCGACCGGGGAGCGGACGGGCGGGCGAUCGAGCGGUGCGGGGCGCGAGGCGAGGCCGGGCCUAGAGCGACAUGGGGGACCGGGAGCAGCUGCUGCAGCGGGCGCGGCUGGCCGAACAGGCGGAGCGCUACGACGACAUGGCCUCCGCCAUGAAGGCGGUGACAGAGCUGAAUGAACCUCUCUCUAAUGAAGAUCGAAAUCUCCUCUCAGUGGCCUAUAAGAAUGUGGUUGGUGCCCGGCGAUCUUCUUGGAGGGUCAUUAGCAGCAUUGAGCAGAAAACCAUGUCUGAUGGAAAUGAAAAGAAAUUGGAGAAAGUUAAAGCUUACCGGGAGAAGAUUGAGAAGGAGCUGGAGACAGUGUGCAAUGAUGUCUUGGCUCUGCUUGACAAGUUCCUCAUCAAGAACUGCAAUGAUUUCCAGUAUGAGAGCAAGGUGUUUUACCUGAAAAUGAAAGGUGAUUACUACCGCUACUUGGCAGAAGUGGCUUCUGGGGAGAAGAAAAACAGUGUGGUAGAAGCUUCCGAGGCAGCCUACAAGGAGGCCUUUGAAAUCAGCAAAGAGCACAUGCAGCCAACACAUCCCAUUCGGCUGGGCCUGGCCCUCAACUUCUCUGUGUUCUACUACGAGAUCCAGAAUGCACCUGAGCAGGCCUGCCUCUUAGCUAAACAAGCCUUCGAUGAUGCCAUAGCUGAGCUGGACACAUUAAAUGAGGAUUCCUAUAAGGACUCCACACUCAUCAUGCAGUUGCUUCGAGACAACCUCACCCUCUGGACAAGCGACCAGCAGGAUGAAGAAGCAGGAGAAGGCAACUGAAGAUCCUUCAGAUCCCUGGCCCUUCCUUCACCCACCAUUCCCAUCAUCACCAAUUCUUCCUUGCCACAGUCACUAAAUAUCUAGUGCUAAACCUAUCUGUAUUGGCAGCACAGCUACUCAGAUCUGCUCUCCUGUCUCUUGGGAAGCAGUUUCAGAUAAAUCAUCAUGGGCAUUGCUGGACUGAUGGUUGCUUUGAGCCUACAGGAGCUCCCUUUUUGAAUUGUGCAAAGAAGUGUGUUCUGAAUGAGGCAUUUAACUAUGCCUAUUAAUCUAUGGCAAAUCUAGGCAAAAGUAAUUAGGGAGUUUAGAGAGGAGAAUUAGCCAACACAGGCUAUGGUUGAUAUUUAAAACAAGCUGAUAGUGUUUUGUUAAGCAGUACAAUCUUGUGCAUGCAAAAAUGAAUUCAGCCCUUUCACCUCUUUCUUCAGCUAAUGGAAAACUGUUAGGGAAAGCUGAUACAGAGAGACAACUUGCUCCUUUCCAUCAGCUUUAUAAUAAACUUUGAUGUGAGGUUUCAGUAGCACCUUGUUUUGCCUCUUUAAAUUAUGAUGUACACAAACCUUUUAAACGCAAUGCAUCUAAAGUUUUGAUAUGUGUAACUUUCCUUUUUUUUUUUUUUGGUUGCAAUUGUUUAAGAAUCAUGGAUUUAUUUUUUGUAACUCUUUGGCAGUUGUCCUUGUGUAUCUUGACAGCACCAUGUGUGUCAGCCCCAUGUCAAUCAAGACAGGUGAUUAUGAAAUGCCAGACUUAUAAAAUAAAUGUUUUGAAAUUCAAAGGGUAAAUAAAUGCUGCUUUGGGGAUAUUA